UUCUCACAAAGGCACUCUCCUCCAAUCUACCGACUUUGUGAACAUGGCUCCUUUUUUUGGUAUCAUUGUAACCCUCUGUGGACUUACAGGAACUCAUGGCAUCACUACAGUGAGUGUAGGAGUCUCCGUGGAAGUAGGGGCCACGGUUUCAAUUCCAUGUCUCUACGAACUGAGCCAUAAGAACCAUGUUAAGUACCUUUGUAAAGGAAUGGAUUGGAGAUCUUGUUCUGUAGAAAUCAAAACCAAGUCCGAGAGUAGUUCUCCAGAAGGCCUGUACACAAUCUCUGAUUACCCGAACCAAGGGGUCUUCACCGUCACCAUCAAAAGCCAAAAGGAGGGAACGCAAUACUACUGGUGUGCUGUGGACAUGGGAAUCUGGCCGGAUGAGAAAACUGAUUUCAAACUAGAAGUGUCCAAAGGCAAGUCCAGUCUGUAUUUGGAUCAACAGGAAAUAACAGGAUUUGCGGGAGAUAGUAUAAAUAUCAUUUUUCACUCUAAAACACACGGCAAACCAGGAUGGUGCAAACUGGGCCACUACAAGGAGCCACAGGAUGGCUUUAUUGAAGGUUCACAAUGCUCAAUUGAUGCAAGGAAACAAGGUGUUUUUGUGGUGACUAUGAAAGACCUAGACAUGGAAAACAGUGGUUGGUACAUUUUUUUCCAAGGAAAACUAAAUAUGCCAAUACAUCUUACCGUUGCUGUAAAUUCAAAGACAACGAAUACACCAACCUCAACAACUGUGAGCACUUUGUCAGAUGUGUCCACUAAAAAGAUUACAGAGAAGGAACCUGAACAUGUUCUCAGAGACGACCUAAAGAACCUGCUCCUUCCUUUGGGCAUAUUGCUGUUCAUUAUAUCAGUGGCCCUGUUGGUUUUGUGGAUGUUCCACAGGCGAGCCAAAAGAAAACUUACAGCAAUCACAGUGUCGUCUGAAACAGACGUUGUUUAUAGUAGCGUGAUGCCGAUGCAUUCCAGGGCAGCACAGAAUAAACCUACUGGUGACAUGAAUCUCAAGAAAAACCCAAAGGAGGAUGGAAAUAUAACAUACAGUGUUAUUGGCCCCCAUCCAAGAAUAUAAGGUAUAAUAAAUCAUCCAUGCCAUUCAAUUGACCAUACGCUGGUGACUUCAACACUGAAGAUGACUUUCCUUUGCAUUUUGAGUAGGCUCCUAUUUAUCUUACAUGUAUACAAUAUAAAUGUGUCCUCCCUGUAAACUAUCCAGAAAAUAUCCACUAGUAAUUAUUGCCAACUGUGUCCUCCCCCCCCAAACACACACACACAGAAACAUAUACACACCUAUACGCCCCCCGCCCCCAAACACACACACACACACACACACACACACACACACACACACACACACACACACACACACACACACACACACACACACACACACACACACACACACACACACACACACACACACACACACACACACACACACACACAAAGGCAGGAGCAAAGAUGAGUUUCUUUUUUAAACCCAAAAUAAUAGUUUAUAUAUCUUUUAGCUUGGAUUGUUUAUAAAUGUAUCUGAAGACAAUAUUUGCUAUUGCAAUGGGCCUACAUCUUGCAAAAAAUCCGUACCUAAUAAGUUAUUAACUUAAGUACUCAACAACUUCACAUGCUAAGUGCUAAGAAAUGUAUGUAGGCCUAUGUAUUUAAUAUUAUUUGUUUGUAUGCUACUUGUACAUAAAUAAGCCAUGUCCUGUGUCCACGUAAUUGGGGUACAAAUUGCAACGUGUAAACACUUUAAAAAUAAAGCCUUUCUAUUCUACUCUGCUAUAUUUUACUGAACUAUAUUCAUUAUGUAACUGCAUAUUUUUCUUAUGAUCAUAUGGUAAUUAAAACAUUUGGUGAGUGUGCU